AUGUCAGGACGGUACAGAUAUCCCCCAAAUGUCAGGACAGUACAGAUAUCCCCCAAAUGUCAGGACAGUACAGAUAUCCCCAAAUGUCAGGACAGUACAGAUAUCCCCCAAAUGUCAGGACAGUACAGAUAUCCCCAAAUGUCAGGACAGUACAGAUAUCCCCCAAAUGUCAGGACAGUACAGAUAUCCCCCAAAUGUCAGGACAGGACAGAUAUCCCCCAAAUGUCAGAAUAGUACAGAUAUCCCCCAAAUGUCAGGACAGUACAGAUAUCCCCCAAAUGUCAGGACAAUACAGAUCCCCCAAAUGUCAGAAUAGUACAGAUAUCCCCCAAAUGUCAGGACAGUACAGAUAUCCCCCAAAUGUCAGAACA